AUGUUUGCUUUCAAAAUAUUAAAUAUUGUUAAAUUAGGUCAACAUUUGAAGCCUCAUAGACUAUUCAAGUCCAAAUUGCCUGCAGUUCACAUUACACAGACGAGGUUGAAAAAUGAUUUAUAUGAACCUGAUUAUUUAAUUAGUAUGGAGCCAGAUGAGCCUGUGUAUGAUUGCCUCAACUUGCAGUUAAAGGGUUAUGACUUUACCCUUUUGGAGGCCUGUCAAAGCCAAAUACACAGAUAUGCAGAGGUUAUGGGCUUACAAGUAGAGGAAUGUUGGGCGACUCCUGCACAACAAUUAAAGGUUCAGCGCUUUAAACCUGGCGGGACUGCACUAGACGCAGAGUAUCAACUAAAUGUCUAUGAAAGAAAUGUGCAGGUAACUGAUGUUCCUGCCUGGGCAUUAGGCACUCUGUUACGAGUUGCACGCGCUGUGUUGCCGGAGGGCUGUACAUUAAGGGUGCACGAACACGCGAUUGAACACGAAGAAAUACGUUACGUACCCGACAACCAACUUAUUGACCUCAAACAACAACUACAAGACAUGGGCGGCAGUCGUGCUGAAAAGAGAAAGCAACGUCGAUAA